UAUUAAAGAAUAAAAAGCUAGCCAGCCGCUUGGGUAAAGUAAUAGAGAGAUUUCCAUGGCGGUGACAAAGCUUGCGAGAUUAAGCAAGCGGGAUGAAUUUUGGAUGAAAGUGGCAGAAUGUGGUGGAUUUGAUAUUGAACACUUGAUGGAAAAAAAACCACCCUCUUGUAAUAUCAUAGCUCGGAAGUUUACAAAAGAUCUUUGCCCCCGAAACAACAUCAUCGUAUAUGCUAAGUUAGGGAUCCAUAAGUACAAUAUGACACAGGGUACUAACUUGCAGCUGAGUUCCAUAGAGAAAUACAAUGUGCGACCAAAAGUAGCUUAUACCACUUACUAUGUAACAGCGGUUGCAAAAGAUCCAGCUGCUGGUGGUUCGCUUAUAACUUUUCAGACGAGUUCUUAUAUACAAGGCUUUGAUGUCAAGAGCUUGACUUGUUUUAUUGCUAGACCUAAGCCCGAACCACAUGAGGACCAAGCUUGCAACCGAUCUACCGAAUGUGGACCUAUAGACAGAGGUAGUUUGCCUGAAUGGCCGGCAGAUAAUGCUUUCGAUGAUAAAACGCGAUAUUACGUGGUGAAAAAAUCAGAGCUUCGAAAAAAUGACUGGAUUCGUCUAUACUUGGAGCUUGCAUUCCUCAAUGCAAAUUUAAGCCUUCCAAAUAUUAAUCUGUCAAAGCUGGUCAUAAUGAAAGUAGCGGUGGAGAGUAGAGAAAACAUAGAUUCUCCAAAGGAGAGACUCAAUGCCAGAUAUGCAACCUUCUACAUAAAGUACAAGUACUGCCCAAAUAAAAGUCGCCGCGCUUGUAAGGUUGAUGGUUGCAGGGCUACACGUGAACGCAUAGCUAUAGUAAGAAGAAGCCUGGACAAGAUCUCAGGACUCCUCACUCUCUCGUUCCAUGGUCAUUGGAAACACACUUUUCUUUAGAGUAUCUUUCCUAUGGCAUAAUAGACCAGAUCCAUUUCAAUAAGUCGAUCCAAUGUAAUAAAAUUAUUAGCGCGCUUAAACGGUCGUUCGGAUCUUAAUAACUAA